AUGGUGCUCUUGCUAAGUAAUUCAUAUACCUACGAUCAUGAUUUCAAUACUGCCAGUUUAGCAUACCUCAACCGGUACCCAAAUCCAUACGCUAAACAUGUUUUAAGUAGUGAUACUUUAGAAUGCUAUAUUGAUGAUCAAGGAAAUUUAAGAACAACUAGAUUUGUUAUUAAAACCGGUAGAUUACCCGGGUUCAUCAAGCCUUUCUUGGGGGACCGGUUGAAUAGUUGUAUUAUUGAAAAACUGAUUAUAAAUCCAAAUAAGAAAACCAUGGUCUGUUAUAGUGCUAAUAUCGACCAUAGGAAAUUUAUCAAGAUUGAAGAACUAUUAAAUUACUCUACUAUCAAGGGAAGUACUUUUGUUGAUUCCAACGUUAAAUUUUCAUCGAAUUUCAUCGGGUUUAAACAAAAAAUUGAAGAAUGGAGUCAUAGUAAAUUUUUACAAAAUAUGAAAAACUCAAGACAAGGUCUUGGUUAUGUCAUGAACCAGUUCAAAGAUAAGUCCUACCAAUAG